AAUCGAAGUGUACUAUCGACACGCUGCUUGUGGCACUAGAAGAAGUGUGAUCGUUCAACAGAACGCGUGCGGUAACCGUCAUUAUCCAUUGUAACAGCACAACAGCAAUGAUCCUUCUUCGUACGAUCGGUGUGUGUUUUGUGCUAUCACUAGUAUUUCGUCAAUCCUGUGGGAGUCCAUCGCAGGAAUUUGUCCAGUAUCUUACAACAACGCCAAGUGAACAUGUUCAUCCACCUCCGGAACGUGAUCGCGACGACGAAGGUACCCAAAAUCGACAGAAGCGUUUGAUAUCCGCAUCGGACUACGAACAGACGGCCCAGUUUUGGACCAUUGGUGCACAGUUGAAGCUCAAAGAGCAACUUUUGAAGAGGAAAAACUUCAACAAGGCAAAAAAUGUGAUCUUCUUCCUGGGAGAUGGCAUGUCGAUCCCAACGCUAGCCGCCAGUCGUAUGUACCUGGGACAGCAGCAAGGCCACUCGGGUGAGGAAUCUCAACUCUCAUUCGAAGAGUUUCCAGACAUUGGUCUAGUUAAGACCUACUGCGUGGAUAAGCAGGUUGCGGACUCGGCCUGUUCAGCGACGGCUUAUUUAGGCGGGGUUAAGGCCAACUAUGCCACCAUCGGUGUGACAGCUGCGGUCAAAUAUAACAACUGCGCGGCUAGCAAUGAUCCAAAGAAUCACGUACACUCAAUCAUGAGCUGGGCCCAAGCGGCAGGAAAAGCCACAGGAAUUGUAACCACAACGAGGGUCACUCAUGCCAGUCCAGCCGGAACGUACGCCCAUGUACCCAAUCGGGAAUAUGAAUGCGAUGCCGAUAUUCUAUCGCAACAAACGGAUCCAAACCAGUGCCAAGACAUUGCAUCGCAACUUGUGAGAAAUGACCCUGGUAGGAAAUUCAACGUAAUCCUUGGAGGCGGAAGACGUAAGUUCACUCCCAAGUCGGAGAAGGAUCCAUCAGACAAAGCUGGUCAGCGCAUGGAUGGAGUCAAUCUCAUUUCGGAAUGGUACUACAGCAAGCCCCUGGGUUCGGCUAGGUACGUAACCAACAAACAAGAACUCAUGGGUAUCAAUUUCAAUGAAACGGAAUACCUAAUGGGUCUGUUCAACUCCGAUCACAUGAAGUAUCACAUAGACAGUAACCCUCAAGAGGAUCCCAGCUUGAGCGAACUCACUUUCGCAGCUAUCAAAACCCUCCAGAAAAAUCCCGCGGGAUUCGUGCUGUUUGUAGAAGGCGGUAAAAUUGAUUUGGCUCACCACGAAACGAAAGCCCGGAAGUCCUUGGAUGAAACGGUUCAACUGUCGGAAGCCGUACAACUAGCUACUCAGCAUACCAGUGCGGACGAUACGUUGAUUCUGGUCACAGCAGAUCAUGCGCACACAAUGUCCCUGGCCGGUUACUCGAAGCGAGGGCACGACAUUCUGGGGGUCAGUGGAUCGUCCAACGAUAAAGGCAAGAGUCCUUAUACGACUUUGUCGUAUGCCAACGGUCCAGGUGGGCCGCCACUAACCGACGGGAACCGAUUUAAUCUCACCGAAGAAAUGGUGGCCAACAAGGACUUUCAGUACCCUAAACUUGUUCCUCUGAAGUACGAAACGCAUGGCGGAGACGACGUGGCUCUGUUCGCGUAUGGACCCUGGUCGCAUCUAUUCUCCGGCAUGUACGAACAGAACGUUAUACCGCAUAUAAUCGGGUACGCUGCAUGUAUUGGAAGCGGGUUGACGGCGUGUAUAGGGUAAGAUUAUAGGUAGCUAACUAGGUUUUAUUUAAAUGUUCGUUUUUAAUGUGUUUUGCUUCAGAAUAAAAUGUCGCAUUUUAUUUAUACUAUGAGAAAAUAUACAUCUUCAUUUUCGUUUGCUUUGUAAUAUACCUAUUUUGAAGAACGCGGUAAGU